UCUGCCCUUCCGAGUUUUGGAAUUAAAUGUGUGUACCAUCAUGCACACCCUUGUUUAUUUCUUUUUUGACGUUAGGAAUUUUGAUACAAUUUUGCUGAUGUAUACUCAGUAGCAUUGCUCUGUUCAUAUGUCUUUCUUUAUUAUGUUAGUAGUCAUUUCUCUUGCCAUGCCAUAACCUAUUCAGUGGGCACACAAUUGAGAGGCAUGAUCUUCUUUCCUGUUUCCUUCUACAAUGACUUGGUGACAGCAUUUGAAAUUCUGUGACAUGGAAUAAAUGUAUGGAGCACACAGAAUCAUGUAAAUGUAUUCCCAAUGAAGUAUAUUUGUAUAGUUUAGUCACUCUCACCAUUUCUAUUACAUACAUAUGUGGGAUACUUUAGGAUACAAUGACCUAUGAGGAUGUGCAUGUGAACUUCACACCUGAAGAGUGGGCUUUGCUGAAUCCUUACCACAAGAGUCUCUAUGAAGAAAUGAUGCUGGAAACCUGCAGGAAACUCACUGCUAUAGGCUACAAAUGGGAAGACCAGAAUAUCGAAGAACAUCGACCAAGUUCUAGAAGACAUGAAAGGUAUCUCAUCUGUCCUUCUGGCUACAAACCAUUUGAACAUAAGGGAUAUGAGAAGAAGCAAUGUACCUCUCUCUCGCCUACAACAGUUAGAAGAUAUGUUGGAGUGCCCACUAUGAGUAGACUUGGUGAAUGUGAUACAAGUUUACAAUUAAUUGGUUUUCCAACUACACUGGGAAUACAUCAACAAACUCACACUGGAAAAAAAGCCUUAUGAUUACAAGGAAUGUGGGAAUUCUUCUGUCUGUGCUUGUUCACUUUGCAAAUGUAGUGUGACUCACAGUAUAGAAAAAUGUUAUGCAUGCAAUCAGUGUGGUAAAACUCUGAGUUCUUCCAAUUCUGUUCAGAAAUGUGAAAAAACUCAUGGGAAGAGGAAGUGAUAAAUGUGAAUCAUCUACUAAUGGCUUUAACCAUCACAGGUAUCUUCAAACACACAAAAGAAUCCAUAAUGAAGAGGAUCUCUAUGAA